UUGACAACAGGUCUACAGUGACAGAAAUUAAACGGGAAUAGGUUUAUUAUUGGUCCUUGGCCACUGCAGUUUAAAAUGUCACUAUCGUGUUAUUUGGUAUCACUUUUAGGCAUCUCAGAAUGCAAAUAAGGGCUGUCACAGCAUUAUAAAUACUUUACAGUGCAACACCUAUCCAAAAAUAUGAAUAAAAAUUAAUUGAAAUACAAGGCUCAGUCAUAUGAAAAUAAGCAAACAUACCUACGCUAACACCCACACGUCUAUCUAUCUAAAGAUACAGAUAGAUAUUUAGAUAGAUAGAUAGACAGAUAGAUGGAGGUAUAGAUGUACACAUAUACCAUCAUUAUCUGCCUGUAUGACUCCACUGCAGGAUAUAGGUUUCCCCAAGUUACUUCCUGCGCUGAUGCGACCAACGAUGAAGUGUUUCCUGCUGACAGUUACGAGCUGCCCUCCACUGCUCUGAAAACAGAGCUUUAUGUGUGAACCAAACUCCAGAUGAAGGCACUGCUGAAGGUGAUAGGGAUAUGUCAGGAAUGUUUCUAUUUAAUAUAAUUUCCGUCAAGUAACGGUUAAACUUUUAUGUUCCAGGUAAGGAAACUCUUCAGCUUCCAAGUGGAGGUGCUGGAAGGAUCCGAGGUGGUGUCGUGUCCUGAGCGGCUGGUGGAGUACAACAUGUACGCCUGUGAGCUCAGUCCCGUGUCGGGCGGCUUCGUUCUCAAGCUGGUGAUGGCGCGCCGCAGUGAAUUCCACAUCUGGACAACUUACCUCCCCACCACACUCCUACUCGGGAUUGGAUAUGGCACAUUGUUUCUGCCGGUGGAACGGUUCCCGGAGAGAGGCGGCAUGGGCCUAACAACGCUGCUCGUCUUCAUUUCCCUCUACACCGACGUUUCCUCUUCCCUGCCCAACACUUCGUAUCUGAAGCUUAUCGACGUUUGGUUCGUGUACAACAUUCUGUUCUUGUCUCUAAUCAUUGGCACGCACCUUCUGACCUGUGGCUCUAUCCAGGGCACGAGCGAGCGGCAGUGGGUGGUGCCAGAAGAGAAAGACGGUGCCGGCGCCUCCAACUCGCGGGAGGAAUUAAUUCUGAAAGUGGCGCGUAUCACCCUCGGAGUGGUGACGCUAUUCUUUCUCGUGGGUUACUUUGUCUCCACACUGUACUAAAGAAGAGAUAUCGGAAGCGAAAACUUCAGUGAUGAUUCGUAAUCUAAACGUGUAAUAUAUAACAACAUGCUUAAGGUAAAAUAAUAUAUGAGGAAACUCACACCCGGAGAAGAUGACGUAAACACGGUCAAUCACUUGUAUUGAACUCAAGUAACAAACCCUCCUUAUAAUGCGAUGGAUUUAAUUUUAGACAGACCACUGAGGAGCUUUCGGGGUGACCUAGCAUGAGAGGGUCCUUAACGAGGGAAGGGAGCGUGAUGCGGGGCGAGGAUGACACCACACAUGGGCGCCAGUUAUCAGGGGAAAGGCGAGUUGGUUGCUACAGAGGUACGAGUGGCAAGGGACGGGGAUGUAGGCCAGACAGACCUCCAAGACACUGCGACCCCCUUGAUCUUAUACGAUGCUGUGUAAUGCUGAUGGACUCGCACUUGAAGAAUAAAUGUAU